CCUGGUGUCUGGCGCUAGUGGUUUUCAUUGGACAAUCCUUUUCCGGCGUACCGUCCUCUUCCUCCAUGAGCCACUGAUCAUUGGAUGCCUCGGGGCCUGCCUACCUCGUUCCGGCAACUACUUCCGUCGCUUUAUGAUGCGUACCGUAGCGUCCAAUCAGAAAUCGACUUUUGGUCCAGAGGCGGUGCAUCCACGACUCGGCCCACUGGAAGUCUCAAUGGUGGAAGAGGCGGGGCCAGGCCGACGGACACCCGAGAGCGGCCUGCGCCGCCGGCCAAGAAGAUGGCGGUCCUGGCACCUUUGAUUGCAUUGGUGUAUUCGGUGCCGCGCCUUUCACGAUGGCUGGCCCGACCUUACUACCUUCUUUCAGCCCUGCUCUCUGCUGCCUUCCUACUCGUGAGGAAGCUGCCCCCGCUCUGUCACACUCUCCCCACGCAACGCGAAGACGGCAACCCGUGUGACUUUGACUGGAGAGAAAUAGAGAUCCUGAUGUUUCUCAGUGCCAUCGUGAUGAUGAAGAACCGCAGGUCCAUCACUGUGGAGCAACAUAUAGGCAACAUCUUCAUGUUCAGUAAAGUGGCCAAUGCAAUUCUUUUCUUCCGCCUGGAUAUUCGCAUGGGCCUGCUUUACAUCACACUCUGCAUAGUGUUCCUGAUGACAUGCAAGCCUCCCCUGUACAUGGGCCCUGAGUACAUCAAGUACUUCAACGAUAAAACCAUUGAUGAAGAGCUGGAGCGGGACAAGAGGGUCACUUGGAUUGUGGAGUUCUUUGCCAAUUGGUCUAAUGACUGCCAAUCAUUUGCUCCAAUCUACGCUGACCUCUCCCUCAAGUACAACUGUACAGGGCUAAAUUUUGGGAAGGUGGACGUUGGACGCUACACUGAUGUUAGUAAACGAGUACUUUCUGGGUCCUGUAGGUACAAAGUGAGCACAUCCCCCCUUACCAAGCAGCUUCCUACCCUGAUCCUGUUCCAAGGUGGCAAGGAAGUCAUGCGGCGGCCACAGAUUGAUAAGAAAGGACGAGCUGUCUCUUGGACUUUCUCUGAGGAGAAUGUGAUCCGAGAAUUCAGCUUGAAUGAACUGUAUCAGCGGUCCAAGAAGCAAUGGAAGACUGGGGAUAAUAUUCCCGAGGAGCAAUCUGUGGCCCCAACCCCCACAGCAGUGCCAAAUGGGGAAAGCAAGAAGGACAAAUAGGUUUCCUGCCUCAUUAGUGCUUCCUUCUGGUCAAUCCUAGGCACCUUUGAAGCCCUGCCCCUACUGUAACCACAGCCUUGCCUGAGUGAGGCUUCGCCUUUUAUUUAUGUUUUCCCUGUUUGGCUGUGCCUGGGUGGUGCAGGGUGCUGCUUCUGAUUUUAAAGAGGCAUCCAGGGAAUUGACAGGCACACUCCAGGAACCACGCCUGGGGCCAACUCUUUCACUGGAGGAAGGGAGAGAUCUCAUGUAAUGGAAGAGGAAAUGCUUUCCCUCCAAGCUUGGAGUGCUGCCCUCCACUCACACAUCUCCACCAUGUUGUUUUUCAGUAUUCCUUACUGGACUUACAGACUACUUAUAGUAGGUUAAUCCCUAACAAGAUGCCGGGGUACAGAGUCUGCACUAAAAAUUUUCCCUCAAGGACCCUUACUUUAGGCCCCCUGGCUUGAUCUUUGGCCUUCAUUAAAAAUAAACCUAGUUUUGUUACUCAUCCCCAAGGACAAACCUUUGACCACAAUAUGGAGGUUGGGAGGAAAGGGAAUAGAAGUUUGAGACCUUCCUUUGUGGGGUCAGCCCGGAAGAGAGACCUAGGGCUGGAUUGGGGUUUCCUCUUACCUUCCAAACUACUCUCCCACACCCAGUUGAUGGUUUUCCAUAAUAAAGACACUGGGAUUUCCUUUU